UCCGCCACUGAUAAUAGGUGGUGAAAACAUAGAAGCAUGGAAUGCCACGAAUCAGGAUACAUGCACCAGACAUGGAAGCUCUUACCAACACGUGUUCUUCUACCUCUUCUGUUCUCCUCCCUCAAACCCUACCCCUCUACUUCCUUCUUUACUCAUCAGCCUUUACCAACUUCUUAUUGUUAUUAUCAGACCAAAGCAAUGGGCGGCAACUUGGAGACAAGGUCUUUGCUUGACGAACUGCGUAGCUUCGACAAUGGCGGAUUCUGCGAUCUCGGUCACCCUCUCCUCAACCGCGUUGCUGACAGCUUUCUCAAAGCUGCAAGCAUUGGUGCAAUCAAGGCUGUUGCCAGAGAGGGUUGUCGUCUAACUCUUGAAGGAAAUUGGUCAACUACUUCCUCUGAUCUCGAUGCUUCUGGUGCUAAGAACGAUAAGAAGCAUCCCUUCCCUCAUCUAAGAGGUGAAACCAAUAAGAAAUCCCUCGAAGCAAUGGUGAAGAGCACUGGGAAAGAAUCUCUAGAAUGGGGGCUGGCUGCCGGCUUAUAUUCCGGUAUUACGUAUGGCCUACAAGAGGCUCGAGGCACGCACGAUUGGAAAAACAGUGCCGUUGCGGAGGCACUUACGGGGAUGACAGUGGCACUCACAUGCGAGAAUGGUUCCCAUGAGCAGCUGUUGCAAUGUGCCAUCACUGGAGCCGCCAUCUCCACAGCGGCGAAUCUCCUGACCGGAAUAUUUUGAAACCCUCCGUCUUAAUAAGACGGUAUAAUAUGAAACUGACUGUCUUGUUUUCGCAGCUUAAGACAGAAAGACCAAUUUUGUG